AUGGCUCUAUCUCGAGAGUCCAGUGGAAACACCACCACCGCAACCGACGAUAACUAUGACAUGUCGCAUAUACCGACCCAAGAAGACUUUUCAGUGGGCGAGGGUGUCCCCGAGCCCGCUUAUAGUCAUGUCUAUGGACGCAUGGAUCUUGCGAAUAAGGGCUUGAAUACGCAGGCGUCGAUAACCUCCAAUGGGCGAGUUGACAUUGAUAUUGCCGAGCCUACGUCGCGACUACGGUCGCUGUUCAAGCUGCCCAGUUUUGGAUCUCGUUCAAGAUCAAGUAUCCUGAGCGCGCCGACCAGCGCACCGAUCCCCCCCUCGCUUGACAGAAGCCAAGAUCAGAAACCGCCUCCGCUGAAUAUUGUGAUCCAGAUUAUUGGAUCCCGCGGCGAUGUUCAGCCUUUCAUAGCGCUUGGACGAGUCUUAAAGUACUCGCAUGGCCAUCGCGUCCGACUUGCAACACACGCAAGUUUUCAAGGAUUUGUUGAGGAGAACGGGCUGGAAUUCUUCAGUAUAGGAGGUGACCCUGUGGAACUCAUGGCCUUCAUGGUGAAAAACCCGGGCCUUAUGCCGGGGUUUGAUGCGCUUAGAAAUGGCGAUAUACAUCGACGCCGCGUGGAUAUUGCAGCCAUCAUCUCGGGCUGCUGGAGGUCGUGUUUUGAGGCUGGAGAUGGCACUGGCGUGCCUGUUUCUGAUCGAACUGUUGACCUAAAUCAUUUCAAAGCGGGGCGUACUCCGUUCGUUGCUGACGCGAUUAUUGCGAAUCCUCCGAGUUUUGCGCAUGUGCAUUGCGCAGAGAAGCUGGGGAUACCGCUUCAUAUGAUGUUUACUAUGCCGUGGUCGCCUACGCAAGCUUUUCCACACCCACUUGCAUCCAUCCAUCGCUCAAACGCAGAUGCCGGCGUCACGAACUAUGCAAGCUAUGCAAUUGUGGAGAUGAUGACUUGGCAAGGACUGGGUGAUAUUAUCAACCGCUUUCGUGAGAAGAGUCUCGGUCUCGCACCCAUUAGUAUUAUGUGGGCACCAUCAAUGGUAUCGCGUCUGAAGAUCCCGCAUACAUAUUGCUGGUCACCCGCUUUGAUCCCCAAACCCAACGAUUGGGGUAGUUAUAUCGAUAUUGCUGGCUUCUAUUUUCUGUCGUUGGCAUCCAACUACACACCUCCCGACGACCUGGAGGCUUUUCUAUCCGCGGGACCACCUCCAAUAUACAUUGGCUUUGGAUCGAUUGUGGUUGACGAUCCUAACCGCAUGACACAACUCAUAUUUGAUGCCAUCCGUCUAACCGGCCGAAGGGCUAUUGUGUCCAAGGGUUGGGGUGGGCUUGGAACUGAAGAGCUCAGUGUACCUGAUGGUAUUUUCAUGAUCGGUAACUGCCCUCAUGAUUGGCUGUUCCGGCACGUCUCCUGUGUCGUGCAUCAUGGAGGUGCCGGGACCACUGCUGCCGGUAUUGCAGCGGGUCGUUCCACCGUCAUUGUACCCUUCUUUGGAGAUCAGCCUUUCUGGGGCGCUAUGGUUGCCAAAGCUGGUGCCGGGCCUCAGCCUAUUCCAUACAAAGAAUUGACGGCGGAAAAACUAGCGGAUGCUAUCAAGUUUGCUUUGGAGCCCGCCAUGUCAGAAAAGGCGGCGUCGCUUGCGGCUAUUAUAGAAACAGAGCAUGGCGCCGACGACGGUGCCAUUUCUUUUCAGAAUCAUCUGAAGGUUGACAGGAUGCGAUGCUCUCUAGAUCCGGAUCGUACUGCCGUCUUUCGCAUCAAGCGUACUCAGAUUCGAUUGAGUGCCCUAGCUUUUGCUUUGCUCAACACGGAAGGCAAGUUGGGUCUGGAUGAUGUCAAAUUAUAUCGAUCUCAAGAGUACAUGACUGAGCCCGACCCUACCGACCCGGUCAUUGGAGGUGGUGUGGCAAUGUUAGACAGCAUUGAGGGAUUCCUCAUGGGCUUUGCAGAUUUGUCGAUGGAUGUCAAACGCAGUCUGAAUACAAGGAUAUCGAGAUCCUGCUCUCGAUCAUCAACAAGCUUGAACCGCCAAGCAGGUAGUCAAAGCCGAACAAGCUCGCCGACUGCAGCACUGCGCGCCAAAACCCUCAGCGACGUUGACUCAUUGCUAAAACCUCCAACGGAAACGAGCUCAAUAUCCACAACAGGGUCUGCUUCGACGUCUCUUGCGGGUGACCAAGUCACAGAUGGAUCAACCGAAAAUUCCACCUUGGUGGAAUCACAAACCGUAGACUCCAUGACCAAGCCAACUCGAACUAGAAAACAUGCACGCACGAUUAAUGACAUUCGGGACCUUGACGUGGACGGAAUCGUCAGUGCGGGAAAGUCGGCAGCAAAGGUUGUGAAUCUUGGUCUCAGAGCUCCUGCAAGCUUUACAAUGGCAGUAGCCAAAGGUUUUCAUAACAUGCCAUUGCUGUAUGGGGACGAUACUGUUCGUGAGCAGUCGAAAGUAACUGGUCUCAAAAGUGGUUUGAAGGCGGCUGGAAAGGAAUUUGGAUAUGGUUUCCUUGACGGUAUUUCUGGUCUUGCCACUCAACCGGUUCAAGGCGCUAGAAAGGAAGGCGCUGUUGGCGCUAUCAAGGGCUUUGGCAAGGGGAUUGGUGGUCUUAUCCUUAAGCCUGCAGCCGCUGUCUGGUCUUUGACUGGGUACACGAUGAGCGGACUCUACCAAGAGAUCCAGAAACGGUUUGGUGAGAGUGUGGAAAACUACAUUAUGGCGUCACGAUGUGCCCAAGGAUUGACCGACCUUUCUACUUGCACAAACGAGGAGAAGGAAGACAUAUUGACGAACUGGGCCUUUUUCGAGACCGAUGUUGUAGCCAAGAGAAAUGAACGGCUCAACCGUUACAAAGUGGAUCGUGACAUGAAGAGAAUCAGAACGAGGAUAUUGGAUGAAAAUACUAAAGACACCGCAAAACUUCAGGGGCAAGACACAGAAUCAGUCAAGGCAGCGGAAAGAGCAAAUGGUCGUGAACCGCUGCACCAUCUGUUUCGUGGUCGUGCUAGCUCCUCUCCACCCCCACGACAAACAAUACUGGAUUUAGUACUACCGGACGAGUACGAAGAUGCCAUUCGAGACUCGGUACUUGCAACCUCACAGGGUAACAAUACUGAAGAUGAAAUGAUUGAGCGUGCUUUGCGCGCCAGCAUGACAGAACUGAGAAAUGCAGAAGUUGCUGGCGAGGAAGAGGAUCGAGCUUACGAGCUUGCAGUGGAGGCUAGUAUUCGAGAGGCCGCGCGUGUGAUAGAAGAGAAGAAGAGGGAGCAUGAAAAAGGAUCUUUAGCCAGCAAAGACGAGGAAUCAAAGCACUACGUGGAUCAGUUACGAUCCCACUCCCCGCCAAAUUCCGUUGAUCAAUCAGAUCAAGAACAGCCAAGACGUCCACCACCAGCUUUGCCACCACGAAGUCCUAUGCCCAUACCUACAGAUCACGAUACCGAGUUACAACAUGCAUUAAACGAGUCCAAAAGAGAUCAUGACAAUCGCCUUCGACGCGAGCAGCGCGAAAAGGAUGAAAUGGACAUUAUAAUCGAAUACAUUAAGCGUCAGAGUUUGGCGGAAGCCGAGCAGCAGCGGCGAGAACAAAAGCAGGAACAAUAA